AUGGACUCCAAUCCAAGGAAGCAAGGGAAGAAAAAGGACGGAGGGUCGCAACAACAGCAGCAACAGCAGAAAAAGCAAAAGCAGCUGACGCCCAAACCGCCAGCAACGCCGCGUCCCGGCGCUGCUGCCACUACCAAUCACGGCCUGGCUAAGCCCCAAGAGGGACAGCCGAAGCCUGCCCAAGCUGGGGAACCGGCCGGUGCGGUUGCGAGCGUAGCACCCUCGCAGAGCAGUCACCAUCGCGGGUAUUUCCACGCCCUGGUCGGUGACGGUCGUGAUAGCGACAACAACAGCAGCAGCGUUGGCGACGGCGCCAAGGCCGGUAGCACCCAAACCCUCGACACCGAACCACUCCCUGACGACGACGAUGACAACGACGACCACCUUGCACGAGACAUCCUGCAAAACCGCGCCGACGCCGCCAGUCAGCAGAGUGCAUCGCUCUUGGCAAGCGGCGGGCCGCUGGAGGCUGUCCUCGUCGGAACGGUCACCAAGGCAGUGGAGGCGGAGAAGGACCCGCCGGCAUGGGUUCUUAGCAUGCUUAUGCCGGGAGCCGCUCACCAGCAAGACAUCCAGAAGCUCCAAAGUACUGCGGACGACAACAAGGACCGCAUCACUGCCAUUAAAAAUUAGAUUUCAGGGCAGGAGGCGUACGUGUCCAAUGGUGGAGCAUACGGCGCGCAACGCGGUGGACGUGCUCAGCGGGGGUCUGACAAACGUGAUAAGGAUAAUUCCAAAUCCCGGGGCCCUCCCGCGCGGACGAAGGCGAAAGUAUCGUUCGCUGGUACUGCCAGGUCCGACACCGCCAAACCUAGGAAGGAAUGUGACUUUAUUGGUUGCCAAUUCAGUAACGUAAGCUUUACGCACACCCGUGCGGAGUGCAAUAAUGAAGAAGUCGCCAAAAAUGAGGGGUACAAAGUAGCAAAAAACUAAGGUCGCCCGACUAGGCAGCAUCCCUCGGCCAACGUGGGACACCGAUCAUUUGGUUCUGUCAAACCAGUAUGUAUUAACUUGGAUAGACCUCAAAGCACGAGCAAGCAGAAGAGAGCCAGAGUAGAUGAGAAAGAUUCAAAGCAAUGUCAAAAUGGUGUACGAUCUCUGGUGGAAAUAACAAGAAAAGCCAAAGAGCAGCGCUGUGGCAAGACAUUUGAAGUACAUGUACCACGAGAACAUUCUCGCGAAGGUUGUAGCAGCAAGCAAACACGAGGAGUCCCGAAGUCAAGUACCCGCACAACUGAUGCAGUAGCCGCUGUAGAUCCAUCACUAGGGGAUAGCACCCAAGUAAGACAAGUAGCCGCCUGCUUAGCGCCGCAAGCCUUGCACGUAGCUACCGUAGCUGGGGACUUCAGGUCGAAACAUAGGUCCAACCUAAUGAGAAAUAACCGUAAUGAAGAAUUUCAUGCUUUUUACAUGUCUGCACUCGCUGGAUGUCCCGUGUGUCCAUCGGUUUUGCGAUCGACAUCCAAGCGAGUACGUGUGCCCGCCAGAAUCAACAAUGAAUUGGUUGACGAA